GUGUGCCUUGCCACAAAUUUCCUUUUAUCGAUGAGGACGGAUCGGUAUCUGAAACGAAACAGUCUGUGAGAUGGUGGUUGAGACCGGUGGAAGGGGAGUCCCCUCCACGGGGAUGACGUCCGGGGAGCUGUGUGACAACGACGACAUGGCCUCGGCUAUAACCCUGGAUCCAUAUCUGGGAUUUUGUACACACAAGAUGAAUACCAGAUACCGUCCCUAUAAAGGUAAAAUGCAAGAAGAUUUGAAAGCGGUGAUUGAGCGCUUCAAGACCCACCAGAACAUGGAGAGAGCGUACCGAGAGUUGGUUAUGGGGGAGUGUGUGAGAACCUUCCUCCUCACCAAAACUAAACCCCAGCAAGCUGUCUUCAAACAACAUGUGUUCCGAUAUUUGCGGAUGUUCCAUCGGGGGUCAGGUUUUGAGUUGCUAGCUUGUUACCGCUACAGCAUGGAGGACCAGGUGGGAGCCAAGAUCUGUUCCAUACAGCAUUGGCAGAAGAAUGACAAGAUCCCAAUGUUGGUGGGCUGUAUCGCUGAGCUAACUAAGGAAGAAGAGGAGCAGUUUCUGCGGCCUGGCAUCAAUGACUUCAGUGUCAUGUAUUCCUGUCGCAAAAACUGCGCCCAGCUAUGGCUCGGGCCAGCUAGCUUUAUUAACCAUGACUGUCGUCCCAACUGUAAGUUUGUGUCAACUGGUCGUGAUACAGCCUGUGUAAAGGUUCUCCGGGACAUUGAGCCAGGGGAGGAGAUCUUCUGUAUGUACGGCGAGGAUUUCUUCGGGGAUAACAACUGCCUCUGUGAAUGUGAAACAUGUGAAAGACGUAAGGUGGGGGCAUUCAGGCCCAAAAACUCUGUACCAGCAGAUCAACUGGAGAAAGGGUACCGACUCCGGGACACUGACGAUAGGCUAACGAGGCUGAAAAUUGAGACAGAGAAAAGUCGACCAUCAGCAGGAAUGACAGGCGCAGCAGAAUUCGGCAAUGGUAUUGCUAGUUAUGAAUCAAAAAACUGGGACAUCAGAGAUGAUAACUUGAAGAAACAGUCCCAUUUAUUGAAGGCGGCAGAGCUCAAAAAGCGUGGAAUCACAAGGUAUGAUGCAGAAAUCAUUCUCUCUCAGGGUCUUACCCUCCCAGAUCCACAAGUUGUCAUUGAAGCAACGCUCCCUUCAUCUAUCAAUCAAAACAAGACAGUAAAAGCGAGCUCUGUCCUCGCACGUAUGAACAAAUCUCCCAGGAAAAGUCGCAAGAAGUUCAAGCGUACUCAUGCUGGAAAAUUUGCAUAUUGUGAGAAUAAUAAUCAAACUUCAAAUGAAAUGUCUAAUGCUGUUGUGUGUGCUAAGAUCAAAUCACCAUGUAAAAGAAUGAGCUUUAGCUUUGAAGAGUGUGAAACUGACAGCAAUGAUGUGAUAAAAUCUGAAGAGGGGAUCAACCAUCAAAGGGAUACAAAUCAGUUACAAUCCAGUUCAGAUGCAGGUUUGUUGGUAAUGGUCAACCAUAGUUCAGAUGGAAAAUUAUCUCAAACAUUAAAGGGACAGGGGUGUUCAUCAUCUGGGCCCCGUAGCUCUCCAAAGUGCCGGAGCAGUCCCCGUUUAAGGGGAAGAGGCUCUGGGUUAUCCAGCACAGGUGAAGGGCCAGCAUAUGUCUGUGCUGAUAUCACCAACCAGGAGGAAAGUGGUCUGUUGUCUCCAUUGCAUAUCAAGACAGAACCCCUGGAUGAUCCUCAAAUUGUGCGACAGAGUCCACGAUUCAAAAUGACGAGGACUGCAGAAAUGAUUAAAGAAGAGUGUUUGGACAACUCUGUUCAUAGUGUUCCUGUAUCAUCUUGUGUGCAGCAUUUAGAAGAAGUAAGAAGUGAGUAUAGUGUGUUAAGCAGAGUUAAGACAGAGUCCAUGUCAACAGUUAAAUCUGAGCAUGUGUCACCAACACAAGGGUCACACAUGCGAUGCCCAAUUCGAGCCUCCCCAAAACUCACACGAAUUAGCAACUGCGAACGGCAGAGAAGACUUUCAUGUGGUUCAAACAGCAAGAUCCCAAAACUUUCUCCAUCAGUUCCAAUAAGACAGAGUCCUAGACUUCACAUGAAGCAGUCGACGUCAUCAGACAAAGCUUUGGACACUCGAGACUGCGAUCAGGUAAAACCUGCUGCAGCUAUCAACCUCUCCGCUAAGCUGGAACUGGAGUGUCACUCAGGGAAUAACUUCGACAUGCCAAUGCUGUGUGAUGCUGGGAGCCGUUUACAUAGCUCUUCACACGACCUUGGCGUUGCCUCUCGCACUCCAAAUGAUGAUGAAUUCAAAAUAUGGGAGUCAGAAUCAGUGUUUGGACAAAGACCGGUGAAGUCAGAACAUUUGAUUGCAACAAUGGCAGAACCUCCAUCUCAGCAGCCAAUUCAUGACAUUUUAACACGUCCGUUUGUCACUUCAGAAACAUCAACGAAAGUGAUAGAACGGGGCACGAACAACAAAAAAGAAUCGGUGACCAAAAAGAGCAAAAACAAUGUGAUGUAUCGCUCUGUGUCUGAUCAGUGCUUGACAAUGUACAGUAGUAACACAAAGCACAGAGACCGCAAGCGUAAGCUAUCUUACUCAGUGAGCAGCAGUUAUGAUUCCUCUCCAAGUCCGUCCCCAGAAAAGAAGAUCCCCAAACUAACAAUUCGUAUGCGACCUGACCCUAACCUCCAGCGGGAACUGGACCAGAAUCAAUCGGACUAUGUCAUCUUCAAGAUUGAUGACAGUCCGCGUUUAAAGGAACCUCAAGACAACAGAGUUGACUGCUGUAGAAACAAUAACAAUGACUGUGUAAAGGGGAGUAACUCUUCACACGAAACAAAUUCGUCAGGUAUAGAAACAAACAAGUUCUACUCUCCAACCAAGUAUUAUUCUUAUCCUAAGACUCUGAGACUGAAGCUUGGUAAUGAAGCUAUCAAUAUACCACUACCUCCAUAUAAUAUAGCGGAGAAGUAAUGUAGGACCUUGUGCAAUUUUAAACAAAAUUUAUGUGUUUGGAAGGUAAAAGAGAGAGUUGUAAGGUAUCGGAAAGUUAGUUUUUGAAGAAUAUUCAAUGUUAAUUUUUUGACAUAUGUAAAAUAUAAAGGUACGUAAGGAUUUCUUAGAAAUAAGAAGAAAAUUCAAAGUAUCAUGUUGGCAUGUCACUUGUGUGUAGGGUUUUCCAAGCAAAUUUUUACAUUAUCAAUACAGCACUAUGUACUAUCAAACUUGUUAUCUCUGAUUUCCACAAAGAAUUCUUUUGACAAUGAGGACCAAAUGCCUGAGGGAAGAUCUGAAGUAAAAGGAACAAGAACCCUAGCUUCUUUAUAAAUGUUUUAGGUGUGUUACUAGUUCACUCAGCUUCCCAAUAGUACAAAAAAUAUAAAAUACCUAUGAUUCUAACCGACCCCAGGGACAGAAGAGAGAAGUUAGCCUAUAGACAUGGUUCAUUAUAUACAAUAGUUUAAUGUGCUCCUCCAUAGUGGACAGAUAAUGACUGUUGAAAGGUAAGAAUUGGCAGUAGACAUGUUUAUACAUAUAAAUGUUAUACUUUUCAUCCAUAUACAUCGCUCAUGAUGGACAUUUAAAAUUUGGUCAACUCCCAUUGAAUAAGUAGAUGGAUAUAAAUCUGCAGAUUAGAAAAGCAGUCUUAACAGUACAUUUUCUGUUUGAUGUGGUUGAGGAGCAGUGCAAGAAAUAGGCUUUUUAAAUAUGAAUUUGUCCAGUCGGUCCUUCUACUUAACAGUUUUUUUGUUGGGGAAAAGGGCAACACAAAAGUCUGCAUGAAGGUCAGAUUUUAACCCACUGUCUAAUACUCCAAAUCUUGGGUUAAAUAUGUGCAUUAAAAAUCCUGUUUUUGAACAAACAGGCAUCCUGUGGUGAACUGUUCCUCUUCGCAUUCAGGGAAAUUUUAUAUAUGUCUUCGAUUUUUUACCACACACAGAUGUUAGUAAUGAAUGAUACAGUGUUUGCACACCUUGUUUUUCCCUCUGGAUCAGAGUUUUAAAACUUAAUUUGGUAGCGUAUACUGUAGCAGUACCAACCACUGUUGUGUAUCAAAUAUUGCUAUUGAUUUCAUAUUAUAACCUUGUACUUUCCAUAUCAAAUGAGCUUAAACAUUUAUUCAUCCUUCAUUUCCCCCCAAAAAUCAUUUCAUUCUUAAAGAAAAAAAGAAAAUCUGACCGAUGCAAUAGAGGGUCAGUCUCGUGAUAAGUAGUCAAAUAAGUAUAUUUUUUACAGAACGCAUAAUUCAGUUUUGUGACAAAUGUAUAACAACAAAAAGUGUUUUCUUUGGUAACAGAGAAUACCUUUAUUGUAAGAAGCUCAUUGGUAACAGAGAAUACCUUUAUUGUAAGAAGCUCAUUGAAGAAUUUGAUCAUCUGUUCUGUAUUUGUUUCUGCACCGUUUCCUAUUGUUUAUACUUGAUACCUUGGAGGCCAAAAUAUUUCAACAAAAACAGGUCCAUUGUAAUAAUGAUUGUUAAAUAUUUAACACAAAGAAAAUGUAAAACCUUAAAUGGAUUUUUUUUUAUUGAAAAGGAGAUUAAUAUAUAUAUUAUUAUUGCAUUUUGAUUGUGUGUAAAGUCAGCUUAUAUGAUGAAGCACUACUGAUCAUGCAAGUGUAACAGACAUUGUUUCCAGUCUAAUUAAUUUAACGAAGCAUUCUUGUGUACCGAGCUAGUGCCCUAUUACAAAUUUUGGCUGCAAAAACUACGUUGUAUUUAUUUACACAUUUUUAAAAACUACUUGUUAUUUCUAACAUUUGAUAAAGAAUAUAUCUUGAUUAAUGAUAUGUUCUCCAAUCAUGUAUUUGUGUGAUUUCAAAGUGAAUAUGUUCUCCAAUCAUGUAUUUGUGUGACUGCAAAGUGAAUAUGUUCUCCAAUCAUGUAUUUGUGUGACUACGAAGUGAAUAUGUUCUCCAAUCAUGUAUUUGUGUGACUACGAAGCUAAUUGACUCUACAGUGACUUCUAAACAGCAGCACGCAUGGUUAGUGAUCUGGAACAACAUGUACAAUUGUCUUUCAUGUAGAGUUUGUCAUCUAUCAGCAUGUUUUGUGUAGGGUAUAAAGGUGACGGUUCUUGAUGGGGAUCGGUUGUUCGUUAUGUGUGGCUAACAUACAUGCAAAUUUGAAAUAAUGGUUAUAUUUUUACUAAACGAACACAAAUGUGUGGUACAGAUAAUCACAUAGUAAAUAUUAUAAAUGAACAUAAAACAAGCGAAGAAACAGAACCUAAUUUACUGCUGGUACACUUGCCAUUAACCUCCACUGUACAUUAACAUAUGUAUAAAUGAAAUGAUUUAGGAUACAUUACUGUUUAUAGCCAGUAUCUUUAGAGAAUAAUAUUUACAUAUUGUAACUGGUAUGAAAGUCCUAUACGCCAGUAUAUGUGUAUAUCAUUAGGUUAAAGUCCUAGGGAGUUGAUCCUUCCAUCACUUAAGACUUUGUAUGUGACAUGUUUCUAUGUGGAAGAUUAGAACAAAGGUAUACAUAUACAAGGUCUGUUAGAAUAAUAAUAAUAAUGAUAGUCUUUAUUUAAACUUGAUUACAUAUUGAGUGAAAGACUCGUCUCCCAUAUGGUCAAGCAUAUUAAAAAAUGUACAUUAUAUACAACAAUGAUAAAAUGGUACUAUGAAUGGUAAAUUGUUACGAUAUUCUACAUCCACUGUUAUCACAGAAACAGCUGUAAAUGAACGAUGACCCGAGCCCUACCAGCAUGGUCAGUCCAGGUAUUACAUUUUAACUAUACAACAGUUAGAUAAAUAAUGUGCUAAAUUACACAAAUUACACGAAUGAUGAGCAUACAUGUUUUUAUCCCAUAAAAUACUGUUUGGCACAUUUCUUAAAAGAUAAUAGACUUUUGCAGUUCUGUAUACAUAUAAUGGUUAACUAUUCAAUAUAUAUGGACCUUGAUAUGUAAAAGAUCUUUUAAAAACAUUUGUUUUAAACGAUAGCAUAUGAAAUACAUUCUGUGUUGAUGAUCUGGUAGUUCUUCAAUGGAUAUCAGAUGUCAAAGUAAAAUUGUUCAAGUAAUCUGGAAUCGUUCAUGGCAUAGACCAAUGCAAGUUGUCCCUGAAGUUGUUAACUAUAAUGUUUAUGAUUCAAUAGUAAGUGUAGCAGUGUGGGAUUAGGUGUUGGGUAAAAGUUCCUUUUCUUCCUUUACGGUAAUUAUCUGUAAUACAAUUUUAAACUCAUGUAUUCAAGCACAGAAAUAUGAAAGUGAUAUUUGAAUAAGGAAAAUUUUAGUAAGAAAUUCAAUCUGUAUGCCAUAUCAUGUAGACCUAUUGUCUAUGGUGCGGGUUUUUGUUGUUGAUAGACUUAAUGUUGAAUAAUUAUGAAUCCCCGUCAAGAACUGUCACCAUUUAUUGUUCGGCAUUUCGUUUUCUAUCUGUAUAUAUUGAUUAUGCAUGAUGUAUUUUCUGUGAGAUUUAUUGUUGACUGAUACACGAUGAUAAUGUCGACCGGUUUUAACGGCCUUGUUUUCUGUUAAGCUGAACACAUGUAUCUUGUACAGCUUAUUGACAUUUUGUAGUUGAAAUAUUCUGAUCAAUUUUCAAUAUCUUGUCGAAUUGAAUAUUAUUACAAAGUGACAAUUUUUAAACGUAAUUUAUUUUUGAUGUUGAAUAGGGCAGUUUUUAAAUUAUUAAAAAGAUCAUACAUAUAUGUAACGAGAGUGUCUUCACAUCUGUGAUCAACAUCUUGCCACAGUGAAGUGAAUUCCUGUACAGAGGACAAUAAUCCCUACAUGUGAGAAUCCCCAAAUAAUUUAGGAUAAAGGUCGUGACCCAGAGCUGGAUUGUUCUUGUGUAUAGUGUGCACCCCUUUCUGGGUAUAAUCAUUUCCCCCUAAAAAGUGUGCACUAUACACAAAUAUUGACAUUUUAAGAUCUAGGUUAGACCUGUUUAUCUUUAUCCACGACACCUUACUCCCCAUCCUUAUCAUGUAUAUAUACAUGUACACUAUAGUACAGGGGAUCUGUACCGGGGAUUUAUCUACCCUGUAUAAAUAACACCUUUGACAUGAGAGAGGUUACUACUGGUUAGUACUUCCAAUAUUUUCUGUAUUACUACAACUAUAAGGAUCGUUAAGGUAUGAAUGUGUAAUUAAUGGUGGGAUUGGACAAUCUAUUCCACCACGUGUUGUAAUAUACCCACACAGCUCGAGGUUAUAAUUACUUGUCUAAACAAAUUAUUACAAAAUACCUUUACUUAAUAUGGUUAUGGUUCCUUGUUGGCCAUUAAUCGUCCCAAGCUACAUUGAGCUACUAUCCAGAUAUCUCCGCCAAGGUUCUCCAUUCUACUCAUCAUUCAUCAAACUAAGUUUCUUGUGCUCCAUACUCAUAAAGUAGCAAACGUAUCUCAGUAAAAGAAUGAUAUAGAAAUAUCUUUGCAUGCGUAUAGAUUCUAAUUUGGAAACAACCCGGCUUAUUACUAAUUUAAUAUCGUUUCUAACAGCUUGCUAUAUCUUGUCAUGCUAGGGUAACUACUUAAAAAGUUGACCUUUCAAAUGAAUUUGAUAACAAAAUUUAGAUAUGCUAAUCUUGAUAAUUUUCUUAAUAAUUUUGAUAAUUAACAGGAAUUAUUUCUUCUUAAAGACAAGUCACUCACUGCUUGGUCACAUGUGGCUAAAGGACAUGAUGAACUGUUUUGUGUAGACACGGACUUAGAAUCUAAUUCCAAGGUGUAGAGUAUGUUUGUUGUUGACACGUGAUAAGAUCAGGGACACUAUCCGUCACCUAGUUGAACUUAUUAAAUGUGUUUUUAUC